GCUGAAAGGCUCUUGUUAACUACCUUGGUUUUGAUCCAUACUUGUUGCUUGGGUCCGAUUACUCGCCUGGCCGAAGCUCAGAGUCGUCUCUGUCUCUGCGAUCUACACGCUACUGUCAGGCACCAAUUCUCUCGUUACUCUGACGUCAAGAGCUCUCUCUCUUCCCCUCGCAGCUGAUCUUCCGCAUUACUCUUCACGGACACGCCAUGGCGGACCCCACGACGGUGCCUCGCAAGCUGUGGGAUCCUCCGAAUCCCAAGGGCACGUUGGCUUAUAAGUUUAUGCAAGAGGUCAACCGAAAGCGUGGGACGAGGCUUGACACAUGGCCUCAGCUUCAUGCCUGGUCUGUGGACCAGCGGGCUGCGUUUUGGGAGGAGCUCUUUUUGCAAUUUCCUCUUAUUCAUGAGGGGAAAUAUGAGCGUGUUGUGGAUGAGAAUGCUCGUAUGGACACGAUUCCGCCGUGGUUCGAGGGAGUCAAGCUCAAUUUUGCUGAGAAUAUCCUCUACUCACCUGCCAAGGAUGCGAGCAAAUGGUCGACUGAUCGAAAGGAAGAUGAACGAAUUGCCUGUGUUGAGGUUCGUGAAGGCGGAACAGAAGUGCGCAAUGUUACGUGGGCAGAACUGAGAGCUCGAACGGGCUAUCUUUCCAAUGCCAUGCGAGCCAGAGGUGUCGGCAAGGGCGAUCGUAUUGCAGUCGUGGCAUCGAACAGCGUUGACACACUGGUCGUCUUCCUGGCUGCUACAGCCCGCGGUGCAAUCUUCAGCUCCAGCUCGACUGAUAUGGGAACCAAAGGCAUUCUCGACCGACUUCGCCAAAUCAAGCCCAAGUUCGUCUUCGUCGACGAUUGGGCAUUAUACAAUGGCAAGACGAUUGACCUCCGGCCCAAAAUGAACGAAAUCGUAGAUGGCAUGACUGGUAUAACCGAAUUCGAAAGCAUCGUCAGCAUGCCUCGUACACAACGUCAACCGAAAGACAUCUCCAAAGUGCGCGAAGCAGAAUCUCUCGAGCUCUUCCUUUCGGCAGCCAAAAACGAUCCUGAACUCCACUUCGAACGUAUCGAAUUCGGAGACCCUUUUCUCAUCGUCUAUUCUUCUGGCACAACUGGUCAACCGAAAUGCAUCGUCCACAAUGUUGGCGGCGUGUUAUUGAGCAAUCGCAAAGAGGCGAAUUUACACCGCGACAUGGCACAAAUCUCACCAGAUGAUCUUUGCGUCCUGCAAUAUACAACAACUGGCUGGAUCAUGUAUCUGGUGAGCGUUCUCUCGCUUGCGAACUCGGCCAAGGCGAUUCUCUAUGAUGGCUCGCCGUUCCAACCAGACUUGACAACAUUUUUGAAAAUCGUGCAAGAUCAAAAAGUCACUGAUCUUGGUGUCUCUCCGCGAUGGAUGCAAACGUUGGCUACAGCAAAACCUCCCAUCCUGCCACGUGAGGUCGUGGAUCUCAGUCGUCUCAAACGUGUCACCAGCACAGGAAUGGUGUUAUCAGAAGCACAAUUCGAAUGGUUCUACGAUCAAGCCUUUCCGCCUCAAGUUCAGCUCGACAACAUCUCCGGCGGCACAGAUCUCGCAUCUUGUUUCACGAUGGCGAAUCUCAUGCAACCUGUGUAUGUCGGUGGUUGUGUUGGUCCUGCACUCGGCAUGAAAGUCGAGGCAUACGAUCAAGAGAUUGAAGGCGGGAAAGGUGUUCAAGGAAAGGCUUUGCCGCUGGGUGAACCUGGUGAACUCGUCUGUACGAAAGGUUUCCCAACUCAACCUAACAAAUUCUGGGGCGACGAAAAUGGUGAGAAGUACUUCAAUUCGUACUUUGGCAAGUAUGAUAACGUCUGGACGCACGGCGACUUCAUCAUGUUCCAUCCCAAGACCGGACAAGUCUGGGUCCUCGGCCGUUCAGAUGGUGUAUUGAACCCCAGCGGAGUUCGAUUCGGAAGUGCGGAAAUUUACAACUGCCUGGACAACAACUUCCCUGACGAGCUACAAGACAGUAUUUGCGUAGGACAGCGACGGCCACAAGAUCACGACGAAAGCGUCAUGUUAUUCUUGCUCAUGAAGCCUGGGAAGAAAUUCACGCAAGAUCUGGUACGAAAAGUCAAAGAAGCUAUUGGCCGCGAUUGCGGGAAACGUUGUGUACCACGAUAUGUGUUCGAGACUCCGGAGAUUCCAACGACGAUUAAUCUGAAAAAGGUGGAGUUGCCUGUGAAGCAGAUUGUUAGCGGGAAGAAGAUCAAGCCUUCGGAUACCUUAGCUAAUAAGGAGUGUCUGAAUUAUUACUACCAGUUUGCGGAGGUGGAGAAAAUGCUGGAGCCGAGGAGCAAGUUGUGAAUGUGGCGACAUUUCUUAGCAUGGUUUGCACAUAUAGAGAAUAUAACAUGACGGCAAGAUAGACGAAGAACGACAGUGAAUACGGCUGAUCGCCAGGAAUUCAAGCAGAGGUGUUGUUGAGACGGAGUCAAGGAAGCCAAAGGAUUAACAUUUGUCAAUAUCUCGAUCUCAG